CUCUCUAUCUCUCUCCUUCUCUUCUCAGCGUUUCUAGGUCUUCUCUCUCUCUCCUUCCUCGUGGUGGCACCCUUUGGCUCCUCCUCCGAGUGGCACUGGUCCCGCCCAUCAGUGCCUCGCUCCGCCCCUCGCCUCGCCACUCCUCCUCUGACACCGUUGGCUCCAUCACCGGCACCGUCCCUCGCCCUCCCUCCAGGCCCACGCUUGUUCUAGCCUUCAGCGUAAGGGAGCGGCCGGCGGGUUAUACCACUGAUUUCGACCCCCGAUCUCGUGUUCCUGGGCUGGUUCUCCUUGUUCUUCCCCCUUGCCCACUGGAGUUUAAUUGGGGUCUUGCAGUUCGGCCGCUUCGUGUGACCUCAAGUUCUUCGGGAGUUCGGGAAAGUGAGAACGAUUUGGACUUCCCGAUCUCGUGUUCCUGGGCUGGUUCUCCUUGUUCUUCCCCCUUGGCCUCUGGAGUUUAAUUGGGGUCUUCCAGUUUGGCCGCUUCGUGUGACCUCAAGUUCUUCGGGUGUUCGGGAAAGUGAGAACGAUUUGGACUUCCCGAUCUCGUGUUCCUGGGCUGGUUUUCCUUGUUCUUCGCCCUUGGCCUCUGGAGUCUUGUUGGGGUCUUCCAGUCUGGCCGCUUCGUGUGACCUCAAGUUCUUCGGGAAUUCGGAAAAGUGAGAACGAGAUGCGAAGUGAAAACGAGACUCCUGAUCGUUGAGUGCGUGUUCCUGGGCCACUAAAACCUUUAAAACCUUCUUGAUCUUGUGUUUGGGGAUUAAUGUUACCGUCUUGAUCUCUUACUGUGAUCGCAAGUUCUUCGGGAGUUCGGAAACGUCAGAUCGAAAUGCGAAGUGAAUCUAAAGCGUCUGAGUGUUGAGUGCGUGUUCUUGGGCCACUAAAACCUUUAAAACCUUCUUCAUCUUGUGUUUGGGGAUUAAAGUUACUGUCUUGAUAUAUUCCUGUGACCUCAAGUUCUUCGGGAGUUCGGAAACGUCAGAUCGGGAUGCGAAGUGAAUCUAAAGCGUCUGAGUGUUAAGUGUGUGUUCUUGGGCCACUAGAUCCUUUAAAACCUUCUUGAUCUUGUGUUUGGGGACUAAUGUUAGCUCGGAAACGUAAGAUCGAAAUGCGAAGUGAAUCUAAGGCGUCUGAGUGUUGAGUGCGUGUUCUUGGACCACUAAAACCUUUAAAACAUUCUUGAUCUUGUGUUUGGGGAUUAAUGUUACUACCUCGAUCUCUUACUGUGAUCGCAAGUUCUUCGGGAGUUCGGAAACGCAUGAGUUCGUAAACUUCACCUCUGGAUCACCUCCUGUGCACGUUUGCCAUCAUGAUUAACGUUUUGUGCGGGUUGACGAUUUAAACUGUCCACCGAACGUUUGUGAGUAUAUGAAAACGUCUUCAGAGGCUACUUAAACGUUUUUCCCUUCCAUACACAUUGACCAAAAAGUAUCUGACUGCGGAAAACAUCUAUAGAGUGCUUAACUAAACGUUCAUCUCUGUGCUUCGUAUACCAACAACAUACACAGCGCUCGACCAAAAAGCUCGCUCGCUCUUUGCUUCAGGAAAGACAAUAGUGUCGGACGUGGAUAGUUUGUGCGAAGUGAAGCUAAUAGAAAGAUCCACGAAAUGUCUCUCUCCCUCUUUGCUUCGGGUAUAUGGCAAUAGUGUCGGACGAGGAUUAGUUUGUGCGAAGUGAAGCUAAUAGAAAGAUCCACGAAAUGUCUCUCUCCCUCUUUGCUUCGGGUAUAUGGCAAUAGUGUCGGGCGUGGAUUAGUUUGUGCGAAGUGAAGCUAAAAGAAAGAUCCACAAAAUGUCUCUCUCUAUGUUUCAGAUGUGGCAAUAGUGAUGUACGCGAAUGAAUGGGAAGUGUGAAAAGAAACCUAUACCAAAACAUCAACUCCAGAAUCGCACCGCAUUGGUUUUAGCUUGAAUUGAAAGUAUGAAAGAGGGAAAAAAUGCCCCUUUGUGGUUUGUGUGAAGAGAAACUAAAAGAAAAGAUCGUCCCCAUACAGAAUAGCGUUGAAUGGAUUGGCCUUAGCUUGAAUUAAAAGUAUGAAAAGAGGAAAGAAAUGACGUUGCAUGGAUUGGUUUUAGCUUGAAUUGAAAGUAUGAAAAAGGAAAGAAAAUGACCCUUAGUGGUUUGUGAGAAGAGAAACUGAUAGAAAACAUCGUCUCCAUACAGAAUCGCGUUGGAUGUAUUUGUUUUAGCUUGAAUUGAAAAUAUGAAAAGAGGAAAGAAAUGACGUUGCAUGGAUUGGUUUUAGCUUGAAUUGAAAGUAUGAAAAAGGAAAGAGAAUGACCCUUAGUGGUUUAUGUGAAGAGAAACUAAUAGAAAACAUCGUCUCCAUACAGAAUUGCGUUGGAUGUAUUUGUUUUAGCUUGAAUUGAAAAUAUGAAAAGAGGAAAGAAAUGACCCUUAGUGGUUUGUGUGAAGAGAAACUAACAGAAUAGAUCGUCUCCAUACAGAAUUGCGUUGGAUGAAUUUGUUUUAGAUUGCACUGAAAAAAAGAAGUAUGAAAGGAGAAACAAAUGACGUGUAAAUGAUUGCAAUGAAAAUGGGGAAUAUUAUUGAACGAUGAGGAGAAAUUCAUGACGUCAGUGCAAAAAUAUACUGAAAAAUAAAUGAACUGUAAGAAAAAUUAGUGGAAUGUUGAAAGACGAGGAAAAAGGAAGAGUGGAAUAGCUGAUUACGAAGGAAAGAUAGAUUACAGGACUACAAGUUAAUGAAUAAAGAAAACGCCCAAAAAUCCACAACCCUAUAAAAACCGCCCCAAAAAUCCACCCCCUAUAAAACCCGCCCUAAAAAGUCCACCCCCUUAUAAAACCCGCCCAAAAAUCAACACCUUUAAAAAAACGCCCAAACUCCAAACUGAAAAACCCGCCCAAGUGGAACAACCACAUCAUAAAAACCGCAACCAUAUGGAAAAACCGCCAAAAAUCCACCCCCUAUGAAAACCGCCCAAACUCCAACCUCUAAAAAAAACGCCCAAACUCCAAACUGAAAAACCCGCCCACGAGGAACACCCGCAUCAUAAAAACCGCAACCUUAUAGAAAAACCGCCCAAGACACAACCUCUCCCAGACCGAACGAAGCUUCCCGCCCAUCACGCCUCCUGAGAACAACAUGGACGAGAAAAUCUUAGACGUGGGCGGCGGGGGCGGCGGAGGAGGUGGUUUUACAGACGCCCAUAUAAGAGGAGGUGGAGGAAGUGGAGGACUGAGGGCUGGCGUGGGCGUGGGCGUGGGUGUGGGUGUGAACAUGGGCGUGGGUGGGUACUCUAUCAAUGGCCUGCUCACACCCAGCGCACAGACCGAGCCGAGUACCGCCCUCCUCCAUAACCUGACCCCGCUGAAGUACGGUUACCCCGACUGCACUGGCAUGGGCGGGGGCAGCACCAUGACCACGCCCACGGGGAUCUCCAUAACCCUGGGCACCCCCGUUCCCGCCCACCCCCCACACGCCCACCCCCACCACCUCAACCCCCACCACCACCACCACCACCACCAUCCGCACCUCCAACACCCCUCCACCUCCACCUCCUCCUCCUCGCUUCCACCUACCUCCACCAAUCCUUCCUUCUCCCUCGCCCCCCUCCCCCCUCUCCCCCCCGCCCCCCCGCCCACGGUGUCCACGGUGGGCGGGUCACCUACGGGAACGCCCACGCCCAUAUCAUUCACGACGCUCACUGCUGGCGCCCUCAAGAGGAAGCAGAGGAGAUACAGGACCACCUUCACCAACUUUCAACUGGAGGAGCUUGAGCGAGCCUUCCACCGAACCCACUACCCCGACGUGUUCUUCAGGGAGGAGCUCGCCCUUAGAAUCGACCUGACGGAGGCGAGGGUGCAGGUAUGGUUCCAGAAUCGCCGCGCUAAGUGGAGGAAACAGGAGAAGCUGAUGGCCAAACAGCACGAGGCGGCGGCGGCGGCGGCAGCAGCGGCGGCGGUGGCGUCUAUGGGCAUGGUAGGCGGCCAACAACAACACCAACAGCAACAAGAACAACAACAACAGGAGGAACAGCACCAGCAGCACCAACAGCAGCAGCAUAACGCGAUGGCUCAGCACCAGCACCAGCACCAAGGCCUGAGUGUGAGCCUCGCCCCCCCUUCCCAGCACCCCCAGGAACAGGUGGUUUUGGCACCUCUCACCCCACUCACAGCCACGCCCCCUGAAGUGACGUCAUCAUCUCUGGUCACGCCCACUACCCCGCCCCCAUCCCAACCACCACCCACCAGCGCCCAGACCUCCUCCCCCACGCACACACUCUCCUUUGGUUCUUCGUCGCCCGGGGUAUAUUUGGGCAUGGAGUGGACCCCGCCCUUCCCCUCCACCCUCUCCACUCCCCCUCCACCCACCACGCCCCCGCCCACAUCCACCCCUUCCCCUACCCCCGUGCUAGCCAGUCCCUACUACCUCACCGUACGACCCACAGACUUAGAGGUUCCAGACGAUGAGAAACCACUCCUUGCACACACAUUUGCCUCCUUCCCCUCCCCGUCGCUACCCCUUCCAUCCUCCGGGCUCAGUUUAACACCCACCCCUCUAUCCCUAACCCCUGCUACCCUGUCCCUCACGCCUACAAGCCUCGCGUUCACCCCUACAUCGCUUCCGUUGACCCAUGCUUCGCUUCCUCCGCCUCCGCCACCACCGCCUUCUGCUCUUGCGUUCCCGCCAGUGACGUCGAACCUUCCCCUAACUUCGACGUCCCUCUCCCUCACUCCGGCGAAUCUGUCCCAGCUGAGAAUGAGGGCACGGGAGCAGACUUCAUCGUUCAUCAACCUCAAUGUGGAAUGAGACGAGGAUGAGGAUGAGGACGUGUGUGAGGAGUUGAAGAGGAGGAAAUGACGAGGAUGGGAAGACGAAGAGGAAGAGUGUUAGGAGUUUAAGAAGAGGAAAUGAAAAGAACAAGAAAACGAAGAAAAAGAAGAGGAAAGACCGAGACAGUAAAUGAAAAGAAAACUGGGAAGAGGAUUUAAAGUGGACAUUUAGAACCGAAGUGGAAGCGAAUGGAGAGAUAAGGAAAAUGAAAAGGCAAGGACAGAGAGAUUAAGAUACGGGCACAGAAAAAGAAGACGAAGAAAAGAGAAAGAGAAUUAGGAAGAGGAUUAAAAGUGGACGUUUAGAAUCGAAGUGGAAGCGAACGGAGAGAUAUGGAAAAUGAAAAGGCAAGGACAGAGAGAUUAAGAGACGGGCAAAGAGAAAGAAGACGAAGAAAAGAGGAAAAACAGUGACAGGGAAAUGAAAAGAGAAUUAGGAAGAGGAUUUAAAGAGAACAUUUCGAAUCGAAGUGGAAGCGAACGGAAAGAUAAGGACAAAGAAAACGCAAGAUAAGGGGAAAGAUAAAGAACUGGAGAAAAAUAAGUGAAAGAAAUAUGAAAAACAAGAUUAGAAAGAGAAAUGAAAAGGGAAGUUUAGAAGACAGAACAAAGAUUACGCUCCAUUUUAAAAUUCACUGAAGCAAGAAAAAUCUGUUACUUUUCCGAUCUGUAUACAAGAAAUACACAAUAGCAGUAGUUAGUGUAUAUAAAUAGAAAGAUAUAGACGUGUAUGGGACGUGUGUGUGUUUGUGUGUUUGUGUGUGUAUAAAAAUAGUUAAUGUUUAGUGUAGUCAAUGGGUUUUUAUUACUAUCUAUAUAUCUAUCUAUCUAUGUCUAAUUGUACGUGUGUAAAUUAUUCCAAAAAAGUGAAAAUAAA